AUGCUUGCGAUAACUAUUUGUAGAAAGGCUGACCAGCCUGUGCUUCGGGAAAUCGAGGCCAACUACCCAGUCUUCCGCGAGUGCGUGUCGAGCAUCAUCGUCGCCGGAUCCAGCCAGGAUAAGUCCAAGAGCACUGCUAAAAAGGAGACCAGGAGUCCAGAAACCAAAGCAGAAACCGACUCUGUAUAUCCUGAAGAACUUGCCGAAUUCAUCGAUGUACACACACACACACGCCUUUCUAAUCUUCUGAUAACCCACCCUCAACAGCACAUCUACAUGCUCUAUAACCAGAAAAACAAUAUACAUAUGCCAGACUCCGCCCUCGACCCGGCCUCGUUCCUGAGCCGGGUCUUAAAAACGAGUUAUAUUCCGGCCGUGACGCGCGCCCGCCCCCAGCCUGGGCCACGACACGCACCGACGCCCUGCGAGAUCUGCGCGCGGGACUGGAUCCCGCUGUCGUAUCAUCAUUUGAUUCCGCGCGGGGUGCACGCGAAGGUCCGCAAGAGGGGCUGGCAGGAGGAUGUGGCGUGGCUUUGUCGGGCGUGUCACAGGUUCGUGCAUCGCGUGGCGAGUAAUGAGGAGUUGGCUAGGGAGUGGUUCCCUGUGGAGAGGAUUAUGGAGAGGAUUAUGGAGAGGGAGGAUGUGAGGGAUUGGGCGAGAUGGGUUGGGAGGGUGAGAUGGAAGACUAAAUAG